AUGGCGGCGGCGGCGGUGUCCGAGGCCUGGCCCGAGCUGGAGCUGGCGGAGCGGCAGCGGCGGCGGGAGCUGCUGCUCACGGGGCCGGCGCUGGAGGAGCGCGUGCGGGCGGCGGGCGGGCGGCUGCCGCCGCGGCUCUUCACGCUGUCGCUGCUGCACUACCUGGAGGUGAGCGGCUGCGGGAGCCUGCGCGAGCCGGGCCCGGGCCUGGCGCAGGGCCUCCCGCAGCUGCAGAGCCUCGUGCUGCGGCGCAACGCGCUGGGGCCCGGCCUGAGCCCCGAGCUCGGCCCGCUGCCCGCGCUGCGCGUGCUCGACCUGUCGGGCAACGCGCUGGAGGCGCUGCCGCCGGGCCAGGGCCUGGGCCCCGCCGAGCCGCCGGGCCUCCCGCAGCUGCAGAGCCUCAACCUCAGCGGCAACCGGCUGCGCGAGCUGCCCGCCGACCUGGCGCGCUGCGCCCCGCGCCUGCAGACCCUCAACCUCACCGGCAACUGCCUGGACGCCUUCCCCGCCGAGCUCUUCCGCCCGGGCGCGCUGCCCCUGCUCAGCGAGCUGGCGGCCGCCGACAACUGCCUGCGGGAGCUCAGCCCCGACAUCGCCCACCUGGCCUCGCUCAAGACACUGGACCUCUCCAACAACCAGCUGAGCGAAAUCCCCCCGGAGCUGGCCGACUGCCCCAAGCUCAAGGAGGUCAACUUCCGUGGGAACAAGCUAAAGGACAGGCGCCUGGAGAAGAUGGUCGGCAGCUGCCAGACCAAGUCCAUCCUGGACUACCUGCGGGCGGGGGGCCGGGGCUGCUGCCGGGGCAAGGGCAAGGCCGACCCCGAGAGAGAAGAGAGCCGGAGGAAGAGGAAGGAGAGGAAGAAGAGGGAGGGGGGCGAGGGCGAGGAGGAGGAGGUGGACGAGGCCAGCCGGCUACUGCUCAGGGUGCUGCACGUCUCCGAGAACCCCGCCCCGCUGGUGGUCACAGCCAGCCCCGAGGUCAGAGACGUCCGGCCGUACAUCGUGGGGGCCGUUGUGCGGGGCAUGGACCUGCAGACCGGGAAUGCGCUCAAGCGCUUCCUCACCUCUCAGAUGAAGCUGCACGAGGACCUCUGCGAGAAGAGGACGGCGGCCACCAUCGCCACCCACGACCUCAGCGCCGUCCGAGGGCCGCUGCUCUACACUGCCCGCCCGCCGCAGGACCUCAAGAUCGUCCCCCUGGGGCGCAAGGAAGUCAAAGCCAAGGACCUGGUGCGGCAGCUGCAGCUGGAGGCGGAGGAGCACCGGAAGCAGAGGAAGAGGCAGACGGUCUCGGGCCUGCACAGGUACCUCCACCUGCUGGACGGGAAAGAACAGUACCCUUGCCUCCUGGAUGCGGACGGCGACGUCAUCUCCUUCCCCCCGGUGACGAACAGCGAGAAGACGAAGAUUAAGAAAACCACUUCCGCUCUGUUUCUGGAAGUGACAAGCGCGACGAGUCUGCAGAUCUGCAAAGACGUCAUGGACGCCCUGGUUCUGAAAAUGGCAGAAAUCAACAAGUACACUUUAGGAAAUAAGGAGGAGGGAUCUGUGUCCGAUACUGAAGCUGACGCCACCCCUGGACGUCUCUCGGACCCCGGAACUGACAGCAGUGCCGAGAAGGACAGGAGCGCCCCCCUGGUGGUGGAGCAGGUCCGGGUGGUGGACGAGGAGGGGCACCUGAAGGUGGUGUACCCCUCCAAGACGGACCUGGACAUCGCUGCCUCCCACGUGACCGUGCUGCGCUGAGACGGUCGGCUGUCCGAUGGAUCGGCCUCCCGUGGGCUUCCGUGUGGUGUAGCGAGUUCCUCUUACACUCCCCCUGGGUGUUUCUAAGCCCCCGCGUUCCUUGUCCAGUCCCAGAAGGUUCUGUCGUGAUGGCACCGCGGUGUCGCCCGAGUCCUCCGCCUCUGCAGCUCGCACUGCAGCGUUGCUGAAGUUGCACAAACAGCGAGCGCAGGUUCCAGGCGUGCUGGGGCACGGACACGGCCCCACGGUCGCGGGAAAGGACGCAGCAGCAGGCCUGGCGCUCGGUGUGAGCUGAGCCGAGGAAGUGGCUACGUCUCGCC